AUGGAUGCUGCGGGAAGGGGCUGCCAUUUGCUGCCCCUGCCAGCGGCGCGCGGACCUGCCCGCGCUCCCGCAGCCGCCGCCGCCGCCGCCAGCGCCGCCAGCCCGCCCGGUCUUUGCAGCUGCGCCGCCUGCGCUCCCUCCGCGGCCGCCGGAGCGGGCGCCAUGAACCCCAGCUCCUCGGCGGGAGAGGAGAAGGGGGCGACGGGCGGCAGCAGCAGUAGCGGAAGCGGCGCCGGGAGCUGCUGCCUGGGCGCCGAGGGCGGCGCAGACCCGCGGGGUGCAGGGGCAGCCGCAGCGGCAGGGGCCGCUGCCCUGGAAGAGUCCCCGGCCGCCGGCCAGAAGGAGAAGGACGAGGCGCUGGAGGAGAAGCUGAGGAACUUAACUUUCCGGAAGCAGGUCUCGUACAGGAAAGCAAUCUCCCGGGCAGGCCUCCAGCAUCUGGCUCCUGCACAUCCCCUCAGCCUUCCUGUGGCAAAUGGUCCAGCCAAGGAGCCCAGAGCGACUUUGGACUGGAGUGAGAAUGCCGUGAAUGGAGAACACCUGUGGCUGGAGACCAACGUCUCGGGAGACCUCUGCUACCUAGGAGAGGAGAACUGCCAAGUCAGAUUUGCAAAAUCAGCUCUCAGGAGGAAGUGUGCAGUCUGUAAAAUCGUCGUCCACACCGCCUGCAUUGAGCAGCUAGAAAAGAUUAAUUUCAGAUGUAAACCAACAUUUCGAGAAGGAGGCUCAAGGUCGCCAAGAGAAAAUUUUGUGCGUCAUCACUGGGUACACAGGCGUCGGCAGGAGGGGAAAUGUAAGCAGUGUGGUAAGGGCUUCCAGCAAAAGUUCUCCUUCCACAGUAAAGAGAUUGUGGCUAUCAGCUGUUCCUGGUGCAAGCAGGCGUUUCACAAUAAGGUGACCUGCUUCAUGCUGCAUCACAUUGAGGAACCCUGCUCCCUGGGGGCUCAUGCUGCUGUUAUUGUCCCGCCCACUUGGAUCAUUAAGGUGAAGAAACCUCAGAACUCCCUGAAGGCUUCAAAUCGAAAGAAGAAGAGAACAAGCUUUAAAAGAAAAGCCAGUAAAAGAGGGAUGGAACAGGAAAACAAAGGUCGUCCUUUUGUGAUAAAACCCAUCUCUUCUCCUCUCAUGAAACCCUUGCUUGUAUUUGUGAAUCCCAAGAGUGGAGGCAACCAGGGAACCAAAGUCCUGCAGAUGUUUAUGUGGUACCUGAAUCCACGGCAAGUCUUUGAUCUCUCUCAGGAAGGGCCAAAAGAUGCGCUUGAAUUGUAUAGGAAAGUCCCAAAUCUGCGAAUUCUGGCCUGUGGUGGGGAUGGAACGGUUGGCUGGAUCCUUUCUAUCCUGGAUGAACUACAGCUGAGCCCUCAGCCUCCUGUGGGGGUCCUUCCUCUGGGGACUGGGAAUGACCUGGCUCGAACUCUCAACUGGGGAGGGGGCUACACUGAUGAACCUGUUUCCAAGAUCUUAUGCCAAGUGGAAGACGGGACAAUUGUACAGCUAGAUCGCUGGAACCUCCACGUGGAAAGAAAUCCUGACUUGCCUCCAGAAGAACUUGAAGAUGGCGUAUGUAAGCUCCCUCUGAAUGUUUUCAAUAACUACUUCAGCCUUGGAUUUGAUGCUCACGUCACACUGGAGUUCCAUGAAUCCAGAGAAGCAAAUCCAGAGAAAUUCAACAGUCGUUUUCGAAAUAAAAUGUUCUAUGCAGGGGCAGCUUUUUCUGACUUCCUACAGAGAAGUUCUAGAGAUCUAUCCAAACAUGUUAAAGUUGUCAAGGAUGGGACAUACUUACUUCUGUCUCUAAUCUUCUCUUGCAGAUAUUGUGCUGGCACAAUGCCCUGGGGAAACCCAGGAGAUCACCACGAUUUCGAACCUCAGCGUCAUGAUGAUGGCUAUAUUGAAGUCAUUGGAUUUACCAUGGCCUCUUUGGCAGCCCUGCAAGUUGGGGGCCACGGAGAGAGGCUACACCAGUGUCGAGAAGUCAUGCUUCUGACUUACAAAUCCAUCCCCAUGCAAGUAGAUGGGGAGCCCUGUAGGUUGGCCCCAGCUAUGAUUCGGAUCUCUCUGAGGAAUCAGGCCAACAUGGUACAGAAGAGCAAGAGGAGAACAUCCAUGCCUUUACUCAAUGAUAUUCAUCAGGUGCAAACUGCGGACCUGCGGCGAGUGUCUGCUCCCCCUGGCUCCUUCACCAUUCCCCAGUCUGUCCCAGAUCGUCUGAGGAUCCGGGUGAACAAAAUCGGUUUACAAGACUAUGAAGGAUUCCACUAUGACAAAGAGAAACUCCGGGAAGCUUCGAUACCUCUGGGUAUUCUAGUUGUGCGUGGUGACUGUGAUUUGGAGACGUGCCGAAUGUACAUAGACCGCCUACAGGAGGACCUACAGUCAGUUUCUUCUGGCUCCCAGAGAGUUCAUUACCAGGACCAUGAAACCUCCUUCCCCAGGGCUCUCUCAGCACAGAGGCUCUCCCCUCGGUGGUGCUUCCUAGAUGCAACUUCUGCUGAUCGCUUUUAUCGAAUAGACAGAUCUCAGGAACAUUUGCACUUUGUGAUGGAGAUUUCCCAAGAUGAGAUUUUUAUUCUGGACCCAGAUAUGGUGGUGUCACAGCCAGCGGGGACACCUCCAGGCAUGCCUGACCUGGUGGUGGAGCAAGCCUCGGGGAUCUCAGACUGGUGGAAUCCUGCCCUGCGGAAACGCAUGCUGAGUGACAGCGGGCUGGGGAUGAUAGCUCCCUAUUAUGAGGACUCAGAUCUGAAAGAUCUCAGCCACUCCCGCGUGCUACAGUCACCAGUCUCUUCAGAAGAUUAUGCAAUUUUGCAGGCAGUAAUAGCUGGUGAUCUUAUGAAGCUAAUAGAAAGCUAUAAAAAUGGAGGCAGUCUGCUAAUUCAGGGACCAGACCACUGUUCACUCCUUCACCACGCAGCUAAAACCGGCAACGGGGAGAUUGUGAAAUAUAUCCUUGACCACGGUCCUUCUGAGUUAUUGGAUAUGGCAGACAGUGAAACGGGUGAGACUGCACUGCACAAGGCUGCCUGCCAGCGGAACCGGGCUGUGUGCCAGCUUCUGGUGGAUGCAGGAGCAUCUCUGAGAAAGACGGACUCCAAGGGUAAGACACCUCAAGAGAGAGCACAGCAGGCUGGGGACCCAGACUUGGCUGCUUACCUAGAAAGCCGUCAGAACUAUAAGAUCAUUGGCAAUGAGGACCUGGAAACUGCUGUUUGACCCUGGUAUUUGGGCAAAGAGAACGUGAGCAAGCGUAUCACAUCUGCCCUCCCUGCGAUCGGGCAGCUACCCUGGAAGAAGCUGAUGGAAUUCAUAUAUCUGUCUCUCUCCUGCAAGAAUCUACCUGAGACCAUGCCACUAGUUUUUAAGGGCUACCAAGAUGUACAACAGAACAUGAUAGCCCAUUGAGAAGGAGGCAGGAUACCUGGAGAUUUGUGGAAUACAGUGAGAGUUCCACAAAAUUUGAUCCUUAUUGCUUCCAGCAAGUAGCAUGAACUUCUGUGUUUACCUGUAUAAUUUAUUUUAAAGAUUCAAAGGAUGUUUGUAUAAAUGGCACUGCUCCCUCCUCCCCCUAUGCAUUGAUUUUUUUUCCCCUGUACCAUACAAUUCUACUGUAACUACCUAUCAACUUAAAAAAUAUAUUAUCUCUUCUCUUUACAUUCAAUCUUGGAAGACCACAAGAUUGUCUGAAGGCCUUCUAAAAUCCUCUGAAUGUCCUGCAGAAAUACAACUGUAAAACCACUUCAAUUUCCAAGACUAAAUAUGUCAAGACUAUUUAGUGACUCUGCAUGUCCUCCCCACCCACCCAACCCUCCAUUUCAUUAUAUAGGAGCUGGGAAGUGCCACGUGGAUAAUGUCAACUUGUGUGCUGUAUCUCUGAGGAAUGGUGAGGUGGCAUGGGAGAUGUCUGUGCUUGGAGGUACCUCAGAGAGGUAACCCAGGGGUCAGCCCAGGCUGCUGGGCUGUAGCCAAUAGCCAUGCAGGACUGGUUCAGCUUGGGCUGUCUGUACAGCUCCGUACUGCCUAUGUGUAGCCAUCUUUGCCUUUUGCUGCAAUAGAAGAUGAGCAAAGGAUUAAACAGAGGUCCACAGCUAGUCUGCAGAACCAUUCAAUUUUAAGCGCUGUUUAAAUUGCCCAGGAGAAAGUCAUGUGUGGAAACUGUGGUUCCGGGAAAUGGAGCACUCUAACAAUGCUUCCAAGCUUUGUUGAGUGAUAAUAGAAAGCAGCAUAAUUGACUUGGAAAAAAAAAAAAAAACAGCAAAAGCAAAAGUAGCAACAUAUGUCAACAUAUGUCACUGAAGUAGAGAAGAGCCAUUGGAAUGUUGCACAGAGGCUAACAACUAUAGACUGUUGGAUACAGUGGUGAGAGGGACCCCAUUUUAGGUUUUUCAUUUAGGUUUUUGGUUUUCAUUACUCCAAGGAAUUCUUGACUCAAGGACAAAAGCUCGUUGUAUGAGUUCCAAUGCCAGAUUUAUGGAAUGCCCGGAUAAUUCAGAAGGAUACUUCAACUAUUAUUUGUCAGGCCCAAAGGUUGUACUUGAUAACCCCAUUUUCUAUGUAUGGGGUACUCUAAUAUUAAUUAUUUUAUCUACUUUAUUUUCCCCUUUCAGAAAGUCUUUAGUGCAAACCACUGUGGGAAUCUAGCCAGAAAUGUCUUUCAGAUAGUUAGAACUACAACAUCUAAACCUGCCACAGAUCGAAUGGUACUUACAGGUACUUCUAUUAGGGACUCCGUGAUACCUAAAAUAUCAGAAGAAAAUGUUUGUCUAACUUUCUGUCCAAGUAUCUACUUGACUUGGGGGUAAGUCAAAAAUAAAAGUGGGUGUCCAAGGGUUCUGCUUUGGUGAAAUCUGAUGUCUCCUGAGCUUAUUUCCAUUUUGUCCUUGGACACAGCAAAGUGCUUCCCUACUGUUUCUGCAUUUGACGAUGAAUGAUGGUGUCUCUACAUUUAAUUUAAAGGUCUAAUGGUGACAUUUUGCUUAUCUGAGUCACAUUUCAGUCACAUAUCAUCAUUUUGAAAGUACGGCUAUGAUGUACCAUGUUAAAUAGGAACAGCCUUUCAGUGGAUGGGGAUUCUAUUACCGUAGUCUCUCCGUAGUCAUUUCAAAAUCAAAUUGUUGGUGGGAAGAUGGAUUGGGUGGUGAAUGAUCUACGUCCAUUUAUCAGCCUCAGAAAUGGAACUAUCUUUUGGAUAUUACAGGAGGGACUGCAGCAGAUUGUUUCCAGAAGCCGCAAAAAUAUACUCCAGGAUAAUUUAAUCACUGGACUUCUGCUGGGAGAUUUUUAGUUGGUGGAACUGUCAAGGAAAUGUGAUGACAGAAAUAUGAUCCUUAAGACAGACUGGAACCUGGCUUUGAAUGGCAUCUUCCAUUCCCUGGAUUGAGCCAAACAUUUGGCCAAGCAGUCAGUUACCUAGUUAUUACUGCUGGGAUGAAGAACUCUGUUUUCCUCAACUGCCGUCUCACAUUUCUCCGUGAAUGCUUCCAAGUAGCCCAGAGAAAAUUUAGGGUAUAGGUGGCAAUGGGCCAAUUUAAAUAGCUCCAAUUGAGGACAUAAAUCUGUAGCAUGAAAAAUGAUGAGUUAGUACUAUAAGAUCUCUGAUGCAUCUGGAAAUUGUUU